ACAGCUAUUUCCUCCCUCAGCUGGAUUCCCUUGCCUCCUGCUCCGGGCCUCUUGUCUAGCGGCUGCCAGCAGCUGACCUCCUCCAGGGCUGGAAUCCUGUGCUCCCUCAGUGCCCAGCUCAUGGGUCAUACUGGAUUCUCCUGGCCAGGUUCCUGCUCCAGGCCCCUCUCUGGGUUCCCUUGUGGCUUCCAUACCACCAACCUCAGAGCCUCCUUCCCUUCACCGCAGAGCUGGGCGAUGUUAGCCAACGUCACGCUGAAGCCCCUCUGCCCCAUCCUGGAGCAGAUGAGCCGCCUGCAGAGCCACAGCAACUCCAGCAUCCGCUAUAUCGACCAUGCAGCUGUGCUGGUGCACGGGCUGGCCUCGCUGCUGGGCGUGGUGGAGAACGGCCUCAUCCUCUUCGUGGUGGGCUUCCGCAUGCCGCAGACCGUGGUCACCACCUGGGUGCUGCACUUGGCGCUGUCCGACCUGUUGGCCACUGCCUCCCUGCCCUUUUUCACCUACUUCCUGGCCGUGGGCCACUCGUGGGAGCUGGGCACCACCUUCUGCAAAUUCCACUCCUCCAUCUUCUUCCUCAACAUGUUUGCCAGCGGCUUUCUGCUCAGCGCCAUCAGCCUGGACCGCUGUCUGCAGGUGGUGCGGCCAGUGUGGGCGCAGAAUCACCGCACGGUGGCCGCGGCGCACAAAGUCUGCGGGGCGCUGUGGGCGCUGGCUGUGCUUAACACCGUACCCUAUUUCGUGUUCCGGGACACCAUUCCUCGGGUGGACGGGCGCAUCAUGUGCUACUACAACGUCCUGCUUCUGUACAGCGGGCCCGACCGCGACGCCACGUGCAACUCCCGCCAGGCGGCCCUGGCCAUUAGCAAGUUCCUGCUGGCCUUCCUGGUGCCGCUGGUGAUCAUCGCCUCCAGCCACGUGGCCGUGAGCUUGCAGUUGCGCCACCGCGGCCGCCGGCGGUCAGGCCGCUUUGUGCGCUUGGUGGCGGCGGUGGUGGCGGCCUUCGCGCUCUGCUGGGGGCCCUACCACGUGUUCAGCCUGCUGGAGGCACGGGCGCACCACCACGCGGCGCUGCGGCCGCUCGUGUGGCGCGGACUGCCCUUUGUCACCAGCCUGGCCUUCAUCAACAGCGUGGUCAACCCGCUGCUCUACGUGCUUACCUGCCCCGACGUGCUGAGCAAGCUGCGGCGCUCGCUGCGCGCGGUGCUCGAGAGCGUGCUGGUGGACGACAGCGAGCUGGGCCCCGGGGGCAGCAGCCGCCGCCGCCGCGCCUCCUCCUCCUCGUCGCUGGGCAGCCGCCACCAGGCCCUGCUGCGCCCCGCGCGCCUCCUGAGCUGGCUACCGGGUGGCCGCGCUGCGACCCUGCAGAGGGGCCGGGCCCCAUCCCAAGACGAGAGGGGCCCCCUGAGUCGGGCGCUGAGCAACACCUCGCGAUAGGCGGUGCCGGCCAGGAUCCGGGGCUUGGGCAGGGCAGCGGUAGAGGAGGGAAGCACUGUAAGGGCACCGCCAUAAACUGUAGAUACCCAGACUCCACCCUGAGAUUACGGACCAAGGGGCAGGACCUAGGCGUGUGAACUUUAAAGCACCCGGGGUGACUCAAUGACUCUUUUUCAGAAUAAAGUGAAUUAAGGUAGUGCUUCCCAAACCGUGCUGGGCCCAUGAGUCACCUAGGGACCUCUUUAAAAUGCAGUCUGAUUCAGGACACGGGCCGGGUGUCGAGAGUCUGCCACCGGG